UGCGUCCACAGCCAUCCGGCAAGAUGGUCCCCUUGCUUUGUCUCAACCUGACCGGAGUUGUUUCGGUAUUCUGAGGCUAUUCCUGCUUCUGCACCAUCAUACAUCUGCAAAUUAGAUUGAACUCGCCCCUUCUACCAAAAACGAAAGGUGUCUAUACAAGUCAAGAAAUGGCGACGGUGAAAAGCAGGUAAAAUGAGUCUGGCUUCUUCUGAAUCUCACCAAGAUCAAAUGUCAGAAAAAGCAGAGGAGCCUGGAAGCUCAACAGAAACUAUGAAGCCCUCUUCUCGCAACAAGAGGAAGCCCACUACUGUAUCUAAGCACACUGGACUGAAAGAAUCCGACGCCUCUCCUGAGAGUGAAAAUGAAGGUGCCACUUCUGACAGUCCUUCAGACAAUACAAGCAGCGCAUCUAAAGGCACUUUAGUGAUGAGGCCAGCUGGAAAUGAUAAUAAAGGUGCCAUGAAGCUCAGAGUAGAUUUCAAACCGAAACAUACAGAUGAUACCUUGCAGAAGAAGAUAAACUGCACUGCCUGUGGUAAACAAGUAACCCAGUUUCAGCGCAAUGCUGUGCACGAGCAUCCUGCUCUCAAAGUACUCAUUUGCAAGUCAUGCUACAAGUAUUACACAAGUGAUGACAUCAACAGGGACUCUGAUGGGAUGGAUGAGCAGUGCAGGUGGUGUGCUGAAGGUGGCAAGCUCAUCUGCUGUGAUUACUGCAACAAUGCCUUCUGCAAGAAGUGCAUCCUGCGCAAUCUGGGCAGGAAGGAGCUGUCUGUCAUUACUGAUGAGAACUCAAAGUGGCACUGCUAUGUCUGCCGGUCAGAGCCCCUCCAGGAUCUGGUCUCCAAAUGCCACAGCAUCAUGGAAAAAGAAGAACUCAAGGAACGUAAACCAGAAAAAAGCGAGGAACGCGAGAGCAAGAGACACAAGAACAAAGCAGUCAAAGAGCACAAAGCCAUUGUUAAUGGGAAAGAACACGCUGAAAGCUCAGGGACCAUGACAUUCUCCUACAAAAAACUGCAGGUGCCCAAAGAACUCAUAAAGAAAGCAAAAAAGCUUGUUGAAACUACAACUGGUCUGAACAAUACAUUCAUCCAGUUCAUCCAACAGGCAGCUGAGGAGCAGGGAGAUAAGUCUAUCAGGUAUCGGCAUUUGAAAGCCUUCAGGGCCGUACUUGCUGAUUUGAAAAAAGCCCACAGUGCUUUGGAGGCGGCUUUGGGGCCUGAAUUCAAAAACAUGGAGUUGCAGAAUGGUAACGAAGGGCAACAUAUUGUGAGAAAGAGCACUUAUGUUGUGUCUCCUGUAGAAAACGACCACAUGGAUAAUAUGACUGAUGCAGCGGAGGAUGCCGACGACCUAGCAGCGGAGGAUGCCGACGACCUAGCAGCGGAGGAUGCCGACGACCUAGCAGCGGAGGAUGCCGACGACCUAGCAGCGGAGGAUGCCGACGACCUAGCAGCGAAGAAGGCCGACGACCUAGCAGCGAAGAAGGCCGACGACCUAGCAGCGAAGAAGGCCGACGACCUAGCAGCGAAGAAGGCCGACGACCUAGCAGCGAAGAAGGCCGACGACCUAGCAGCGAAGGAGGCCGACGACCUAGCAGCAAAGGAUGCCGACGACCUAGCAGCGGCGAAGGAUGCCGACGACCUAGCAGCGGCGAAGGAUGCCGACGACCUAGCAGCGGCGAAGGAUGCCGACGACCUAGCAGCGGCGAAGAAGGCCGACGACCUAGCAGCGGCGAAGACGGCCGACGACCUAGCAGCGGAGGAGACGGCCGACGACCUAGCAGCGGAGGAGACGGCCGACGACGUAGCGAUGGAGGAAGCCGAUGUAGCGGCGGAGGAGGCUGAUAACUUAGAAGCGGAGGAAGAUGAGGAGGCUGACCACGCUGAGGCGGAGGAUGCUGACCACACUGCGGCAGAGGAGUCUGACCACGCUGAGGUGGUGGUGGAGUCUGACCACGCUGAGGUGGUGGUGGAGGCUGACCACGCUGAGGUGGUGGUGGCUGACCAGGCUGAGGAGGUGGAGGCUGACCAUGCAGCGGCGGAGGCAGACACGAGGCAGCAUAAUGAGCAGGAAGUGUCGGAUGAGACUAAAAUGAAAGACAACCAAACAGAAACUGAUGUAACCAAAAAGACAAUUAAAACUGAAGUAUGUGACGAUGGGCUAGUGUCCGCUGGUGAAAUGUCUCUAGAUCACGACAUUAUGUCUGUGCCUCCUUCGGUUCCAGAAGAGCUUUUUCAGAUGGUGGAGAGUCUUGCGGAUUCCACCAUGCUCUCACAGUCCGACACCGAUUUGGUCACAGACGCUGUUAAAACGUCAAAUGGAAACUCAAAAGACUCUCAACCUCCCCAGCCCAAGGUGAAGAACCUCAUAGUCAAACUGACUCCUGUGCCAGUCGUGACGACACGUGGUUCAAGGUCCUCCAAAAACAAAGAAAAGGCUGCAGAGACGCAGAAAAAGUGUGAAGAAGUUCGUGGGAAGGAGAAAGGCGACGCUGCUAAAGCAGCAGCAGAUAGGACUGCCAGCCCACCACCCAGCCGUCGCUCUAGUAGAUUGAAGACCACUCCCCUGAGGAAGCAGGCUGAGAAUAAGGGCAAAGAAGAAUCCUCAGAGUCAGAGGAAGAUGGUAAGGGCAAGGCCAAAUCCUCCAAGAAAUCCAGUAACAACAACAAAGAGAAUGUGAAGGAGACCAAGGAUUCAGAGAUGAAGACAAUGGAUUCUGACUCUGAUGAAAUUCCUAACAUACUGCUGGAGAAAGCGGCAGCAGGCCACAGCACAGAUGAGGAACAGGGAAGCACAAGUGCUAAAAAGUGUUUAUUCAAACUCAAAAACACAUCCACACAGGAUACAGACAAAGCGUCCAAACGCAAAAGGAAGUCUGAAAGCUCUGAUUCAGACUUGGGGAACAAAAGUAAAAAGACGAGCAAGAAUAAGAAACGGAAUGGCUCCGACUCGACCAACUCUGACUCUGACCAGGAGAAGGAGACUAAGAGUAAAUCGACAACAGUGAAGAGGAGAUCUAGCCGCGUAAAGAAGCAGGAUGAAGCCAAAGAAGAAGAAAAGAGUUCACCUGAGAGGAAGGCAGCCAAGCGGAGAAGGUCUUACGAAGUGAAGCGCAAGGGAAGGAGCCCCAAAGCAACCUCCAAGCUGCAGAUGUCCUCCAGUGAGGAGGAGGAGCAGGCUGAAGGUGAUUCCGGAGAGGACAGCGACGAGCAAAAGAUCAAGCCCAUUGUGGAGGAUAACGUGGUUGGAGGAAGAGGACCUUUUCAUCAGUCCUCGGGAGACGAAGAGGAUGAUAAAGGGAGAGUCUCUCAGGAUUGUGAAGACGAUGAUGAUGAUCCUGAAAACAGGAUUGCAAAGAAAAUGCUUCUCGCCCAAAUAAAAUCCAACUAUUCUUCUGGAGCAGAGAGCUCAUCUGAUAAUGAAGGAGCAGAUAAGGAUGACAAAUCCUCCAAGAAAGCUAAAAAGGAAGAUGGCGAGGAUGAUGACUACGAAGAUGAAGAGCAAGACGAGGAUUCAGAAGCCUCCAGUUCUGAAGUUGAAGUGAAGAAGCGUGGAGGACGCCACAAAUUGCUUCGUCAUAAACUCUCGCUGAGCGAGGCUGAAUCGGGAGAGGAGAAAGCUGCCGGUAAAGACAAGAAGAAGGGGGGCAAGAAGAAGUCGGGGCAGAAAGUUCGCAGCGAUGACUCUUCAGACUCGGACUUUGAGAAGUCAGAGUCCAGUGACGAGUCGGGGGUAAGCGAGGAGCUCAGCGAAUCAGAGAACGAAGGGAAACGUCGAAAGACCAGAGCUGCCAAGAAGAAGGAUGAAGCGAAACAGAGAAGUUACAAGCAGCAGCAGAAGAAGAAGAAGCGACGCAGGAUCAAAGUUCAGGAUUCCUCUUCCAGCAAUGAGAAGAGUGGAAAGGAAGACGGUGAUGAGGAUGAUGAGGAGCACAAACAACGCAAAAAGAUCCGCAAAAUCCUGAAGGACGACAAGCUGCGGACGGAGACGAGAGAUGCGCUGAAAGAAGAGGAGGACAGGAGGAAACGUAUAGCGGAGCGAGAGGCACUCAGGGAGAAACUUCGAGAGGUGCUGGUGGUGAAGGAGUCUUCCCAUGUACCCUGUCAAUGUCCCAUCACCACCAAACUGGUGCUGGAUGAGCAAGAAGAGACCAAGGAGCCGCUGGUGCAGGUGCACAGGAACCUCGUCACAAAACUCAAACCUCACCAGGUUGACGGGGUGCAGUUCAUGUGGGACUGUUGCUGUGAAUCUGUAAAGAAGAUCAAGAAGUCUUCUGGCUCCGGCUGCAUUCUCGCCCAUUGCAUGGGUCUGGGGAAAACUCUGCAGGUGGUGACGUUACUUCACACUUUGCUGCUUUGUGAGAAGCUCGAGUUCACCACAGCACUGGUGGUUUGUCCCCUGAACACUGUCCUUAAUUGGCUCAACGAGUUUGAGAAGUGGCAAGUAGGACUGAAGGAUGACGAGAGUUUAGAGGUGAUUGAGCUGGCCACAGUGAAGAGGCCACAGGAGCGAGCAUAUGCCCUCCAGCGAUGGCAGGAUAUGGGAGGCGUCAUGAUCAUCGGCUACGAGAUGUACAGAAACCUGACGCAGGGCAGGAACAUCAAGAGCAAGAAGCUCAAAGAGAUCUUUCAGAAGUCACUGGUGGAUCCAGGUCCAGACAUGGUGAUCUGUGAUGAAGGUCACAUCCUGAAGAACGAGGCGUCUGCUGUGUCCAAAGCGAUGAAUUCUAUCAGGACGAGGAGGAGGAUUGUGCUCACUGGAACGCCUCUGCAGAAUAACCUUGUUGAAUACCACUGCAUGGUGAACUUCAUCAAGGAGAACCUGCUUGGGUCCAUCAAGGAGUUCAGGAACCGCUUCAUAAACCCCAUUCAGAAUGGUCAGUGUGCCGACUCCACGCUACAAGAUGUCCGGAUCAUGAAGAAGAGGGCUCACAUCCUCUAUGAGAUGCUGGCCGGCUGUGUCCAGAGGAAAGAUUACAGGGCGCUCACUAAGUUCCUGCCACCUAAACACGAGUAUGUGUUGUCGAUCAGAGUGACUCCGAUUCAGUGUAAACUCUACCGGUACUACCUGGAGCACUUCACAGGUGUGGGGAAUGCUGUGGAGGGGGGCCGGGGCCGCGCAGGGACCAAACUCUUCCAGGAUUUCCAGGUGCUCAGCAGAAUCUGGACCCAUCCCUGGUGCCUUCAGCUGGACUACAUCAGUAAAGAAAACAGGGGUUUCUUUGACGAGGACAGCAUGGACGAGUUCAUCGCUACAGAAACGGAAGAAUCGUCCAUGAGUAUGACCUCUGAGGACGAGAAGGCCAAAAAGAAAAAGAAGCAAGGGAAGGGAAAAAAGAGAGGAUCUGAUGACUCGGACAGUGAUGACGUGGAGGUCAUCAAGGAGUGGAACACCUGCUCUCGGGGCAAAAACGGAGAGAGUCGAAGCAGACCGGAGAUUGUAGAAGAACCCCAGCCCACUAGCUCCACACCGGGUAGUCCCACUCACGACUGGCACAAGGAGUUUGUCGUUGAUGCCGACGGCGAGAUCCUGCAGCACUCCGGGAAGAUGACGCUCCUGUUUGAGAUCCUGCGCAUGGCAGAGGAAUUGGAUGAGAAAGUGUUGGUGUUCAGUCAGUCUCUCAUCUCUCUGGACCUCAUCGAGGAUUUCCUGGAGCUGGCUUGCAGAGCUAAAGAUGAUGAAAAAGUCUCUCCAUACAAAGGUGAAGGCAUGUGGUUCAGGAACAUUGACUACUAUCGUCUGGACGGCUCCACCAACGCCCUCACCAGGAAGAAGUGGGCUGAAGAGUUUAACGACACCAGUAACAUAAGAGGUCGUUUGUUCCUAAUUUCAACGCGAGCCGGCUCUCUUGGUAUCAACCUGGUGGCAGCCAACAGGGUCAUCAUCUUUGACGCCUCCUGGAACCCCUCCUACGACAUCCAGAGUAUCUUCAGGGUCUACCGCUUUGGCCAGAUUCGGACCGUUUUUGUGUACAGGUUCCUGGCCCAGGGUACGAUGGAGGAGAAGAUUUAUGACCGGCAGGUAACCAAACAGUCUCUGGCGUUCCGGGUGGUGGACCAGCAGCAGAUUGAGAGGCACUUCACAGGUGUGGAGCUGGCAGAGCUCUACACCUUUGAGCCGGACAUGCUGGAUGACCCUUCAGGGAAGAAGAGCAAGAAAGCCACACCCAUGCUCCCCAAGGAUCCCUUCCUGGCCGAGAUGCUGCAGAACAAUAAGGACCAGAUUGUGUGUUACCACGAACACGACUCCCUGCUGGAACACACGGAGUCAGAAGCCCUGAGCGAGGAGGAUCGCAAGGCUGCCUGGGCCGAGUAUGAAGCAGAGAAAAAGGGUGUGUUCAUGAAGAACAACUACCAGGCGGCAUACAACCAGAUGGACAUGGGCAACUCCAACUACUUCUCCUUCAACAUGGCUGCUUUGGCCUCCAUGACCAACCAGCAGCUGGAGGACCUUAUAAACCAGGGGCGACAGAAAGUCAUUGAAGCAACAAAUUCGCUGAAGACUCUGCCACGGGAGUCACUGGAAGAUACAAUCGCCAGACUGUGGAAGGAGAACCCAGCACUCACAGAGACUCAGGUCCAGUCUCUGGCUCUGGGUCACCAGGCCAGUCUGGAGCUGGAGAUCAAGCGCAGGGAAGCUGUGUACCGGGACGUCCUCACCAGGCAGCAGACGCUGAUGAUGUACGUGCAGAAGCUGAUCACCAACAGGAAGGUGCAGGAGCAGCAGCUGGCCAUGGCCAACCAGGCCAACUACCUGAACCAGCUGGCCAUGCAGAACGGCAUGAUGGGAGUGGGAGGCGGCGGGCUCAGUCAGAUGGACCUGGUGGGGCUUUACCAGCAGCUCCACGGCCUGGGCUCCCCUCAAGGCAUGGGCAAGAAUCCUGGGCCCUCCAAGGGCCUGUAGGUCAGAGGGACUCUUCCUCAACCUCCUCCCCCCUCCCCUUUACACCCCACCCCCCCCCCCACACCCCACACCCCACCCUCCACCCCAGUCAGCUAGCUGACCCAGUUCUCUGUGACAAACGUACUGUGACACCACUGCUCAGAGCUGAAACAAUCUGGUGCACCAAGCAGAGGGCGGAGUAGUUCUGAGACCAGGCUGCUGUCGUCUGGGGCCUCGCGUGGGAUAGACUCUCAGUUCUUUAUCCUGUAGUUCACUGAGAGGAGGUGGAAUAUAGUGUAUAAAUGACUGUGUGAAAGUGGUCAAUUAGGCAUUUCAACAGGAAAAAAAUGUAUAUACCGCCUUAAUGUUAUUCAAGUUCUAUAUCUUCAUUUUUCAUGUAUUUAAAGACAAACAAAUUUUACCCCCAAUGCUCUUAAGCAUUGUAUUGUUUUUCUCGUAAAAGAGGGUGUCCUUAUGAUUUGAACUCAGUUUUUUUUAUACUGUUUUAAAUGCCGAGGUAAACCCGAGUGGGACCAGUGUCGUCGGUGACGGGACUCACUGAUGUAAAGCUCUAUGUGAUUAUCAGCCCCAGUAGAUUCCUUCACCAAUCUCUAACAAAGCACACCGCUGAUGGUGCUGCUAAGUCCUGCUCUUUUUUUUCGGG